GUGAUGGAGGCUCUGCUGGUAACUAUGGCUAUGCCAAUAGUGGAUACAGUGUUUAUGAAGAAGAAAAUGAAAGGUUAACAGAAAGUCUGCGUACAAAAGUCAGUGCCAUUAAAUCACUUUCUAUUGAAAUUGGAACAGAAGUUAAAAACCAAAAUAAAAUGUUAUCAGAAAUGGAUAAUGAUUUUGACUCUACGGGUGGACUUCUAGGUGCAACUAUGGGCAGACUGAGAACAAUCUCCAGAGGAAGCCAGACAAAGCUAUUAUGCUACAUGAUGCUCUUUGCAUUGUUUGUUUUUUUUGUAAUAUACUGGAUUAUUAAACUGAGGUGAUGCAUGUUACCUUCAGUUUAAAUUGUGUAAUUUCAACUGUAAAACAGUCUUAAUUAAUGAAGACAUUGAUCUAAGGUGGCAUACUCUGUUGAUAAAACACAGUGAAAUUGCUGAAAAUUGCAUUAACUAUUAAUGCGGUUAUAUACAGUUUUCUUAAUGUAUCAGAAUUUUUCCCAUCAUCCCCUGUUUUGGGGGGAUUAUUUGUAAAUAUGCAGAAACUGCUAGCAUAGUAGGUUGCCUUUUUAGGGGAAAAUAGUUUUUAGAAUUGAUUUUAAAAAAUACAGAAAACAAUGAUUAUUUGGAUAUGAAGUAAUUGCAGAAUUGCAAGGGUUUCUCUUUCAUUCUGCUU